AUGCGCAUUUUCACCAAAAUCAAGGAGCUAAAAGCCCGGUACGACGACUGGAGAAUCCGUCGCUGCUGGGAAAAGUACCUCGAGAUCAAGGACUGGAUAAGCCAACAGGUCGAAGAGGAAGAGCGCAAGGAGCGGUACGAGGCGGAGCGGCUCGCCGCGAAGAAGAGGCGAAGAGCGGCGAGAAGGGCGGAAAAGGCGAAGAGAAAGGCAGAGCGCGGCGAGCCUACCUGGAAGAAGUACAUUCCCUAUUUUCCUAAGCCCAUCGGGUUCACGCCGCUUUGGGAGCUGGAUGAGAUGAUCCGCACGGGGGAGUUCAAGUGA